CCUCGGACGCUCAGAGCUAUGGCCUUACCCCUACUACCAGGCUACAGCUUCAACCGCAAUGCAGGAAAGGAGAAGUUCCACAAAUCUCAACACUGGGGCUUUUGUAACAAUGUUAUGAUGUUAGUAAGUGAUGAGAAACCUGGAAUAGGUGGAGAACCGCUGAUUGGGCAAAAGCCGAAGCCUAAAUACAGUAUCUAUCCUACAGGAAUGGAAUCAGAUGUACCAUCAUGGGUAGCUUUUGACAAACAGGUAUUAUCUUUUGAUGCAUAUGUGGAAGAUGAAGUGCCUCAAAAAACUGAAGAGGACUAUAGAAUAAGACGGUAUAAAAUCUACUUCUACCUUGAAGAUGACACAAUUCAAGUGAAUGAACCAGUGUUGAAAAACAGUGGAUUGCCUCACGGGACUUCUAUCCGGCGUCAUAGGAUUUGUCUCCCACCUCCUGAUGAUGAUCAGUUUUAUACUGUGUAUCAUUUCAAUAUCAACACAGAUGUCGUGUUUUAUGGCCGCACAUUCAAGAUUUAUGACUGUGAUACAUUCACAAAAAACUUUUUGAAGAAAAUAGGUGUGAGAUUAAACUCACCCAUAAAGUGCCCAGAAGAUCCUUAUAUGAAAAAACGGAAAGUGAUAGAACACGUAGAGCCCUUACGUCCCUAUGAGUACUCAAACACCCUGAGACAGUACCUUGAGCACGAUAAGCAUGUUUUGCGUUUCUUCUGUGUGUGGGAUGACACAACCUCAUUGUUUGGGGACCGGAGAGAACUCAUCCUGCAUUAUUUUUUGUCUGAUGAUACCAUUGAAAUAAAGCAAUUGUUGCCACGCAACUCAGGCCGGGAUGUUUCAUCGUUAUUUCUCCAUAGGACAAAGCUACCCAAGUGCGGCCCACCUGGAAUCUACCAACCAGGCCAGUUAACAAAUCAGGUGGUUCUCAAUUUGUAUGGGGGCUUACCAUCGACUCGAGUGGAAGGUUACAUAUUGGAUAAACACAAGCUAGGUAAAUUAGACCAGAAUUUUUACAAAGAUAGUGACCUCGCCAUAGGAAACAUCAUCAAUGUAUGGGGAAGAAAAGUGCUCCUUUGUGAUUGUGAUGAAUAUACGAAGUAUUAUUAUAAGACUAAGUAUGGAACUGAGGACUUUACCCCAGUUCCAUGCAGGCCUCCACCUCCUCCAAAAAUAGAAAGGAAAUUUCCACCUUAUAAUGGCUUUGGAUCUGAAGAGGAUUCUCUCCGCUCUUGCAUCGGGCUCAUGGCCACACCUCAUCGGAAGAACUUCAAGAAAUUUGUGGAAAAAGACAGCUAUGGCAACAUAAGCAAUACAUUUCGAUUCUUUGCCAAACUAAUCACACACAAUUGUGCUGACCUCGAUAGGAUGUUCGUGAUUUCAUAUUUUCUCUGUGAUGAUACAAUGUCAGUGUUUGAACUUUCUGAAAGGAAUGCAGGGUUUCUUGGUGGGAAAUUCUUAAAAAGACUUCGCGUCAAGAAGCCUGGACAAGAAAUUUUUAAAAGUGAGCUAUCAAAGUAUAUACAGCCGGAGGAACUAUAUGUUGGUGCCAGAGUGAAUGUGAAUGGCUACCUAUUCCAUUUGCUCAAUGCUGAUGAAUACACCUUAAACUACAUGGAGAGUCAUCCAAAUAAGUUUCCAUAUAGCAACUUUGACCUUGCCAUCGAAAAGCUUAAGAAUGAAAAAGAAAAAUCCAGAGAGGUCAUGCAGGUGCUUAGCUCUGUCGACCCUAAGAACACAGAAAUGGUGGAUUAUUGUACAUUCAGAGACCUAUUAAAGGAUGUAUCUGCUGGGCAGCUCACAGACCAUGAGAUUAUAACAAUUGCUCGUCGUUACCGGGCAUCGGUGGAUAAGGAACCGCCUGUGGAUGUCUUCAUUUCAAUGGCCCACGAACAGCUCAAGAAGAAUCAUUUUGAGAAUUUUGAAAAAUUACUCUGUAUGUGUGUGUACCAAGAUCGACAAAAAAAAAAAGUAUUACCCAGCAAAGAGAUCAGAAAGCUAUGCAAGGCCUCCAGGCUACCUGUGACAGAAGAUCUUCUUAUGCCCAUACUAUCCAGGUUUGAAGAUAGUGAAAAACAAAUAGAUUAUGAAUCAUUUUUCUCUGCUCUGAACUGGAGAGAAAAUCCAAUGGUUGGAUGGAACACAGUGUUGUGCAACAUAGAGAAAACGGAAUAUGCUUGGAUGGGGUCACCGUCACCAGUUCCUGUGAGAUACAUUAACUACAAACCCCUUUUAAAGGAUGUGUUUGGCUUGGAGGAUGAUUAACCGUGUAACUUUUGGUCAACUUUCUUUGAUUUACUACUCUAAUUUUGCCAAGUUUAUUUUUGUAGAUACAAUUUCAUUAAAAGCCAAAAGGAAACAAGAUUCAUACUGAAUUGAAAUCCAUAAGCCACAAUUAAUCUUCUUUUUUGUCACUUUAGAUUUUCAAAACAUCAUUUUAUAUGCUGAU